AUGGAUACUACCACCACCACCAAUAGCACUACUCGUGGCCCCGACGAGGCCAACAUCCUUCCGGUAACGGAACAGCAGCAGACGCCGCAAGCGCCAGCACCGGCAACAACCGAGGCAAAGCCAUGGUGGCACAUUCGUCUCUUUCGCGGCAUGGUCAACGAUAUUCGGCAGCGCGCGCCGUACUAUCUGAGCGACUGGACUGACGCCUGGGACUAUCGCGUCGUCCCGGCCACGGUGUACAUGUACUUUGCAAACAUCUUGCCGGCUUUGGCCUUUUCGCUCGACAUGUUUCAAAACACGGCGUCCAACUAUGGCGUAAAUGAGGUGCUGCUAUCGUCUGUCUUGGGCGCAGUCGUCUUUUCUCUGGUGGCUGCGCAACCGCUCGUCAUUGUUGGCGUAACUGGACCGAUCACCGUCUUCAACUACACCGUCUACGACAUUAUGCAUCCCACUGGCGUCGACUACCUCGGCUUCAUGGGCUGGAUCGGCAUAUGGUCCCUCAUCCUGCACUGGAUCCUCGCCGUGACCAACUCGUGCAACUGGCUGCGCUGGGUGACGCGCUUCCCCUGCGAUAUUUUCGGCUUCUACGUCGCCUGCAUCUACCUCCAAAAGGGCGUGCAGGUGCUCGAGCGCCUGGGCCACGGACCCGACUUUUACCUCUCCGUCGUCGUCGCCCUCCUCGUCUUCAUCGUCGCCUACGUCUGCAGCGCGCUCGGCGCCAGCGGCCUCUUUCGCCACGAGGUCCGCGUCUUCCUCAAGGACUACGGCACCCCGCUUACCCUCGUCUUCUUCACCGGCUUCGUGCACUUUGGCCGCAUGCAAGAGGUCGACCUGCAGCGGCUGCCCACGGGCAUCGCCUUUGAGCCGACGAUUCAGCGCGGUUGGGUUGUCAGGUUCUGGGAGCUCGGCGUCGGCGACGUCUUUAUCGCGUUGCCGUUUGCGGUUCUGCUCACCAUUCUCUUUUGGUUUGACCACAACGUCUCCUCGCUCAUCGCUCAGGGCAGCGAGUUCCCCCUCCGCAAGCCCGCCGGAUUCCACUGGGACCUUUUUCUGCUCGGUCUCACCACCGGCAUCGCCGGCCUCCUCGGCCUUCCCUUUCCCAACGGGCUGAUCCCGCAGGCGCCCUUUCACACCGAAUCCCUCUGCGUGACGCGGCCCGUCAAGCAGCUCGACGAAAAGGGCGACCACAAAGGCGACUUCUACUUUGAGGCAACGCAUGUCGUCGAGCAGCGCGUGUCCAACCUCGCGCAGGGCCUCCUCACCCUCGGCACCAUGACGGGCCCGCUGCUCGUCGUCCUGCACCUCAUCCCCCACGGCGUCCUUGCCGGCCUCUUCUUCAUCAUGGGCUUCCAGGCCCUCGAGGCCAACGGCAUCACCGCAAAGGUCCUCUUUCUUGCCCGCGACCGCCACCUCACGCCCACCGCCGCCCCGCUUCGCGCCGUCCGCCGCCGCGCCGCCAUAUGGUGCUUCGUCGCCGUCGAGCUCCUCGGCUUCGCCGCCACCUUUGCCAUUACCCAGACCGUCGCCGCCGUCGGCUUCCCCGUCUUCAUCCUCGCCCUCAUCCCCAUCCGCGCCAUGCUUCUGCCGCGCUGGUUCACACAAGAGGAGCUUGCUCUGCUUGACGGCCCCACGGCGUCCGACUUUACCAUGGAGGGCAUCGGCGGCUCCUGGGGCGGCGGUGGCGGCGCCUCCGCCGAGGACGCGCCGCCGCAAGAAGGAGACGAUGGCGCCGAGCGACGGCAGCAGCGUUAUGAGGGUGGUGAUGGCGUCCGCGAAGGCUCGCCCGCGCCCAGCAGCGCGUUUCGUCGCCGCAGAGGCAGCUCGGCCCGCGACAGCGUCCUCGUGACGCCUGGCGGCCCGCGCAAGAGCCAGGAGGACAUGGCGGAGCUGGGCCGCAUGCCCAGCGGCCAGAGCACGGCGACCAGACGCAGCGCGGGGCGGGGAUCAAGCAUGGCGCAGAGGUAA